CCUCUCUCUCUCCCUCUCUGGAAAUUUGCGCAAUUAUUCUCCAUUGUUUGGCUGCAUGCAGAGAAACCCUCAGGGCUGGUCGCCUCAUCUCUUAUACUGCACCCAUCCCGACCACCACCUCCAUUUCUUGCUCCUACACCCACCUCUUCCCCUAAACCUUCAGGGGACAACCUCCUGAAACAAGUGGUGCAGGUGGUGAGUAGCAGCUUAGCACAGAGAAAUGGAGGUCACCAAUGUCACGGAGUACCAGGCCAUCGCGAAGCAGAAGCUUCCCAAGAUGAUCUACGACUACUACGCGUCCGGCGCUGAGGAUGAGUGGACGCUAAAGGAGAACAGGGAGGCCUUUUCCAGGAUCUUGUUCCGCCCUCGGAUACUGAUCGAUGUAUCCAAAAUCGACAUGACAACAACUAUCCUGGGUUUCAAGCUCUCAAUGCCCAUCAUGAUUUCCCCCACUGCCAUGCAGAAGAUGGCGCACCCAGAUGGAGAGUAUGCAACUGCCCGCGCGGCAUCAAAAGCAGGCACUGUAAUGACAUUGUCAUCCUGGGCUACUUCAAGCGUUGAGGAGGUUGCCUCAACUGGACCAGGGAUCCGUUUCUUCCAACUCUAUGUCUACAAAGACAGGAAGGUGGUUGAGCAGCUUGUGAGGAGAGCUGAAAAGGCUGGAUUCAAGGCUAUAGCGCUCACCGUGGAUACCCCGCGACUUGGCCGCAGGGAAGCUGAUAUCAAGAAUAGAUUUGUUUUGCCACCAAAUUUGACACUCAAGAACUUUGAAGGUUUGGACCUGGGAAAAAUGGACCAGGCCAACGAUUCAGGACUGGCUUCAUAUGUCGCCGGGCAAAUUGACCGCACCCUGAGCUGGAAGGAUGUGAAGUGGCUGCAGAGCAUCACGACGAUGCCGAUCCUGGUGAAGGGAGUGAUCACGGGAGAGGACAGCAGGCUUGCCGUCGAGAACGGCGCGGCCGGGAUCAUCGUGUCGAACCACGGUGCCAGGCAGCUGGACUACGUCCCGGCGACCAUCAGCGCCCUGGAGGAGGUCGUGAAGGGUGCUGCCGGGCAGAUCCCCGUCUUCCUUGACGGCGGCGUCCGCCGCGGCACCGACGUCUUCAAGGCGCUUGCUCUAGGCGCCGCUGGCGUUUUCAUCGGACGGCCAGUGGUGUUCUCGCUGGCGGCGGCGGGGGAGGCCGGAGUGAGCAACGUGCUGAAGAUGCUGCGCGACGAGUUUGAGCUCACCAUGGCGCUCGGCGGCUGCACCUCGCUCGCCGACAUCACCCGCAACCACGUCGUCACCGAGUCGGACAAGUUGGGCGUCAUGCCUUCGCGCUUGUAAGUUAUUAUCAGAUCAAAGCAAUCGCACACAAGCCCGUCGACGCGCGCCACCGCUUCCGUACGUGCGUGCUCGUCGCCGGCGGCCAUAUGUCGAAUCCAAGAAAGCGGAAGAUUUUAUAUCGGACUUAUGCACGGGGAACGAUGCAUGAUAUGACACUGUAAUUAAUUUCGGACCCGAUAUGUGUUUCCAACUUUCACCUGAGUGUGAUAUGGAUCGAUCGAUCAAGCAUAAUGAAUUACAUUACCAUGAA